AUGAACAAUAUAAACGAAUGUCAACUUGGAACACACAACUGUCAGCAGUUGUGUACAAAUACAAAUGGAUCAUUUACCUGCUCUUGUAGAACAGGAUACACUCUUAACAUCGAUAAAACAACAUGCACAGAUAUUGAUGAAUGUUUAGAUAACAAUGGCGGCUGUAGUGAGUACUGUAGAAAUGUAGAUGGAUUCUAUGAAUGUUACUGUCAGACUGGCUUACAUUUAGGAAGCGAUGGAAAAAUAUGUAUAGAUAUCGACGAAUGUUCUUCAAGCAUCGGUGGUUGUGAACAAGUUUGUGAAAAUUACCACGCCGGUUUCCGAUGUGAAUGUCAUCCUGGAUUUAGCAUUGCUACAGAUGGAAAAUCAUGUCAAGAUGUUGAUGAAUGUCUUCAAUCUAACAAAUGUACCCAGUCAUGCAAUAAUACAAUAGGAUCUUAUGCCUGUAGCUGUCAUCCAGAAUAUCAACUAGAAAGGGAUGGUUUUACGUGUACUGAUAUAAAUGAGUGUUUACUUUCCAAUGAUACAUGUGACGACGAGUGUAUGAAUACAAAUGGAUCUUUUUAUUGUAAAUGUAAUAGUGACAGUAGGUCUUUAUCCGAAGAUGGUGUGUCUUGCAUAGCUCACGUCAAGGACAAAUCAUACAAAAGUAUAGCAAUAGGUCUCGGGACAGGUAUAUCUCUUGCAUUCCUAGUAGUGGCAGUUCUUUUUGUAGUCGUGAAAACAAGACGCAAAAAGCCAUCUAUACAAAAUGAAACUAGAUCAACGUCUGACAGAUACCAGUCAACACAGAUAGAGCCUAGAAUGAACGAGUACGAAUCAGUUGUUGUAAAAGAGGUUGUAAAAGUAGACGGCAAAACAGGAGGACAAAUCUUAUCAUAUGACAACAUCCAGAUCAAAGGAACAAGUGAACACAAUGGACAACAGAGACCCGACAUAGAAACAGCUGAAUAUGAUAAUUUAGUCAUUUUUAGAAAAUAGAUAUUUUAGAACUUUCAAAUCAAUCGACGUUUUUAUGUCUUGACGGUGCUUUAUAAUUGUGCAUUACUUUUGAUGGAAUAUGUUUAGAAUUUCAAAAUCAAUUUAAGUAGCUGUAAUGCGCAUCUUUCAUUUUUUACACUUCAAUAAUUUUCUCCUAAAUAUUUUAAUAUGACCUUGAGUAAAAUGAACAGAAAAAGGCCACAUGACGGCGAUUAUAUGUUUGACACCGUAUUACUUGACUAACUGUAAUAUAAAUAAACAUUAACUUUUAAUAUUGGUCGGUCCUAUAGUUGUUAUUGACAUUGUUCUAGAAUACAACACGAAACUUAUUUGCAGCAUCCGGAUGCAUCUAGGUUUCCUCAUUAUUAAUUUGAUAUAUUGUAUUUUGAGUACAUGAAACUGUUUAUCUUAGAUUUCUUCUUUUUACUAAUAUCAUUAAUGUUUCCCCUAUAAAUUCAAAUCAUUUUUAUAUCACAACUAUACAAUAGUAUUUAACGGUACUAAUUUUAAUUUACCAAAUGUGCUUUUUGAUGCGGUUUGAGGUAAUAUACUGUUAGUGUGUGUGUGUGUGUGUGUGUAUUUAUUGACGUGUUCUUUCAUAUCAUUAACUUGUUAUUAAAAUAAAAUGCCUACAUGUAUAUUGUUUUGCAAGACAAAAAGCUACUGAAUUAAAAGAAACAGUGAAGGACAAUAUAACUAUAUGUAUGUAAGCCUCAAAUCUAUGUACAGCAUCAAACCUGUGUCCUUUCCUCAGAUAUGUGCCCUAUUCUAUAGUGUGUCAUAGACAUCAUUAAUACAUGGUUCUCAAGUUUGCGU